GAUUUUCUAAAAGAUUCAUGUUUUACACCAGACUGUGGAGGUCAGGUCUGUCACAUCGUAAUAUAUGGCUUGACGGGUCCCGAACACCUGCGAGGGCAGCUGGAGGAGUUUGAGGAGCAGUAUGCCGGAUCAGCACACCGGAGCCACUACCAGAGAGUCCUGGACAAUAACCCCGACCCCACUAAAGAGAGUUUAUACGAUUAUUUCGCUCAGAUCCUGGAGGAGCACGGGCCGCUGUGCGCCUCGGACCCGCUGAUGGUGGGCGAGCUGGAGAACUUUCCUCCGGAGGCGCAGCAGAAGAUCGCAGAUGCUGGAGGACUCGAGUCCUUCCUGCUGGAGUCUCUGCGCUUCGUCAUGAUGGACGAGCUGAUCGGGCUGAUGAAGCACGCCGUGUGUCUGACAGACUCCCUGCCUCCGUCACACCUCAACCCCUCGGCUGAAGAGUUCUGGCCUCACGCAGACGCUCUGAGCGACACUGCGUCACACCUCAGCCUUCCUGAUGAUGAUCCAGAGGAGUCUGCGUCCUCCGAUCCGUUCCUGCUCCUCCCCGACCCGUAUGCCUUCGAGUGUCCCGUCUCAGACUACGAGUAUCUGGCAGCAGAUGUGCUGGAGCGAGCGCCGGCGUCUGAGCAGAGCGAGGACAAACACACAGCCGUGUGUGAGCAGGAUUUGGCAGAGCAUACAGAUGUCUCCAUUAACACAGAGCCAUACGUGUCCUUCGAGACCUGA